AUGGGCCCCUAUAUACCGCCUCCUCAUGCUGCUGCCAGGCCCCUAAUCUGCCAUGGGCCCCUAUAUACCGCCUCCUCAUGCUGCUGCCAGGCCCCUAAUCUGCCAUGGGCCCCUAUAUACCGCCUCCUCAUGCUGCUGCCAGGCCCCUAAUCUGCCAUGGGCCCCCGUAUACCGCCUCCUCAUGCUGCUGCCAGGUCCAGAGUCUCUCAUGGGUCCCUGUACGGCCUCCCAUUGCUGCUGUCUCCAUCGCCACACUCUCCCAUGUGCCACUUUCAGGUCUCCUCACACUGCUGCGUGUUGAAUUUUUUGACAUCAGGGUGCUGGCAGAUUACGGGCCUCCUAUGGGCUGCUGCCAGGUCAAAUCGGCCAUGGGCCCCCGUACCGCCUCACGCUGCUGCUGGUGCCCACAGUGUGACUCUGGGUCCCUGUACGGCCUCCCAUUGCUGCCACUCUCGCCACACUCUGCCAUGCCACUUUGAGGUCUCCUCACACUCUGGGUUGUCCAUUUUGUGACAUAGGUUGCUGGCAGAUUACGGGCCUCCCAUAGCUGCCGCCAGGCCCCAUAA